CUUGACGAAAUGAGAGCAGAACGGUGUCUACAAAAUAUGAGGGCAGACUUUCUGGCCGUCAUACCUACGUUUAGCAUUCUUUUGAGCUAAAUGAGGAAACGGAUGAAUUUCACUUCAUUGACAUGUCAUCUUACUUUACAGUAUAUUCCUUUUCUCAGUCAUUGUUUCCAUUUUAACGAAGUCGAAAGAAAAGAACCGUUUUUGAGAUUGAGACUGUCCGGAGAUCGCACAGACAUGAACAGUCACUGUACUGAACUGAAGCCAAUGGGCAAUGAAACUAGACAUUGACAUUGUAAACCAAACUUAGCUUAUGCAGUAGCCUGAGACAAUUUUUGUUUGUUAUCUCCUUCAUUCUCUUUUUGAGAGGGAUUUCAAACGUCAGCCAUGGCAGAUGUCAUCGAAUUUCUUCAUCAAAAAGGGUUCAGCGAUGUUAUUGUUAAAGGAUUCAUUGACAAUGACAUCGAUAUGUCAAUCCUGCCCACCAUCACAGAGAGCGAUUUGAAGGAAUUGGGCAUCGGAAAGACUUUCGGAGAGAGACGGCGGUUGAUAAUGGCAAUAAAGAGUUUGCCUUCUCCAGGCGAGGGUACCAGCAAUGUUAACAGCAAUGUCAGCCGCAGUGUGCAGCCACCUCAAGCUCCCAGUAUAAGUGUGGCAAAUAUGGCCAAGUACUACAGGGCACCCCUUACAAGGCCAGAGGAUUACGAUAUCAGGAGAAUUCUUGAGAGCCAUUACAAGGGGAGGGGAGUUGUUAGAGUUCUUGACUCUGGUAAAAGUCCAUCAGCUAUGGAUAGGAGAGCUCUGGUGCAAGUAACGGUUGACUAUCUAGUUGAGAAUGGGGGUCAUAUGCUAUACCCAACCAUGGAGCAGAAGCAAGCCUUGGCAAUGGCGAUUGUUACACAGUUUCCUGCUUUGAAGAAUACACAACAUGGAGAACAUGGUCAUGAGUACCUUUUUCAUAAAGGUGGUGGGUUCUUGGACUAUCGACUGAAGAACUUGCGAACAACAGCUGCACGACGGAGGGCUUAUGAAGUGCAAGGCCUUCCCAUUCAACAGGAGGAAACAAUGGACAUGCAAUCCUUGAUGUCUGAGAAUCAAGGUCUAGAUGACGAAUGCCAGUUGAUUGAUGAUACUCCAGCUUCAAGUUAUAGCCAAAGCAAUGUUGAGUGCACUCAAGAAGAUGUUGAUCGCACCCAUAACAAUGUUGAAUGCACUCAAAACAAUGUUGAACGCACUCAAAACAAGGUUGAACGCACUCAAAACAAUGUUGAGCGCACUCAUAAUAAUGUUGAACGCACUCCUAACAAUGUUGAACUAACUGACAGGUUGAAAGGAAGCACGUUGGCUUCACUCAAACAAGAGGCAAAAGAUGUUGUGUCUGUUGAGAUAGAGCUAAUAGACCAAUCUUCAGAUCCUAGACCAACUGGGAACAAUUCUGGGGAUAGACUAGUUGAUAUGGAUGAUGGUAUAAGGACACACUUACCAGCAUUGGAAAAUCAAAGAGGAGGAGAAAACAUUCACAUUCAACCAGAUAGUGUUUCCCAAAGCAGCCAGUGUAUUCAGCCUGUUGGAGCUCCUAGGAUGCAGGAAGCACAUCCUGGGAACUCUCAAAGACAAAGUGGACAUGCAACCUGCCAUGGACAGGUUGGCCAAAAUCUGCAUCAAAGUGUUAACACAACAUGUGUUCAGUCACAAGACAUGUUGGAAACAAACAACGAAAAGUCCACAAAUCAGAGAUCAAUGGAUGAUAUUAUCAGCAGACAGAUACACGGAGGUAGUGUUUAUCAUCCAUGUUCAAGCCAUAAUCACAAUGUCCCGCAAGAUAUGUGGAAUGUACACUCAAAAUGUCCAAAUCAGAGUGCUAAUAUGAGCAACCAUGUGGAAAUGGGCCAGUCUUCGCAUCAGUUUUCAACUCCAAAUAUUGUUGGAUCGAGAGAAAUGCUUUCACCACAGUUCUCAAAUGCUCCUCCUCUAUGCCAAAGGGAUACCUUCCAUCAACAGUUUGAACCAGUUCUUUUUCCUAUGCAAGCUCCCAAUGCAAGCAAGCAUAAUGGUGGAGGUUUUUACCAUCCACCUCUACUUUCCAGGCCAGAGCACUACAACAUAAGAAGGAUUCUUGAAAGCAGCGGCAAGGGACUGGAAGUUCUUAGAGAACUGGAUCAGGGCAAGAUGCCAUCGGUUAAGAACAGAAGAUACCUGGUUCAAGUCACAGUGGCAUUUCUGGUUGAGCAUGGGGGCAAUCUGCUGUAUCCUUCCAUGGCACAAAAAGAAGCCUUGGCAAUAGCGAUUGUAUCUCAGUUUCCAUGUACAAAGGAUAAACUUCCAGGGGCAAAGGGCCAUGAGUACCUUUAUCAUAAAGGCGGUGGCUUCAUAGAAUUCCGCCUGAAGACCUUACGAUCGACAGCUGCACGUCAGAGGGCCUCUGGAACGCAGAAAAGAUAUUAUCCACCACCUUCUGUGAUGAAGAUGCAACCCUUCGGAUAUAGAUGUAGAUCUCAGGUAUCGGAUCCAGUUCCUAACCCAAGUGCGAGUGAUGACAUUGAAGUUCUGCCCGCCGAACCAUCUAGUCCAACUGUGAUUAAAGUCGAAGAAACUGAAGAUGGAGAAUGCCACGGCUGGAAAGCAGAGGACACAGAGGAACUGGUAGCCAUUAAAGCUUUCUUUAAGGAUACCCACCUUCAACGAGAUGAGUGGAUUCAAGGGGGUGACCUCAGUAUAUCUGAUAUCAUAGCGAUGUAUCCUGCUUUCAAGGAUGUGCCUGUAAUGAUUGACUACGACUUCUCAUUGAAGUAUGGGGCUGAAUCUUCGGAUGCUCUAUCUUCAUGGCUACAAGAGUUCACAAAACCUAUUCUGGCCUUGGCGAGGACUAAAGAUACAACUUCGAUGAUACUUGAUACCUUUGGUGACAAUGGAGACAUCCACCUGUGUGCCCUACAUGUUCUUAUAGAACUUCUACCAACUCCUACUGGUGUUGUCUGUAAAAAGCAGCAGAAAAUGAUUGGAAAAGCUUGUGCUGUUACCAGAAAUUCAACAAGCCCUGUCUUUCAACAUGAGCAAACUGGGACUGAUGCUGCUGCGUACGCUACAGGCAAGCCAGCGGAACUCACCCAGCCAUUCCUGCUGUGCCUAGGCCCCAGAACAGCCCCUGAGGAAUACUACCUCAUUGUAGACAAUAUGGCUAUACCAGCUGGAAACUCCAUCCUGACUGCAUUUGCCAGGCUCUUCAAGUCAUUCUAUGUAUUCAAGGCUCCUUUUGAUAGUCGUGUUUUGAUAUUCUUUGGUUUCUUUGCCUCGGUGGUGUACAAGGUUUCAAAGAACAUUUCUCCUCAGGUCAGAGCAUUUUAUUUGCUCUUAUGCAACCAAGGAAAUCAGUAGUUUAUGUAUGCAAGGCCACCAUUUGUUCUCCUUUUUUUGGGGGGGGUGUAUGAAAAUUUCCACCUGUGCAUUAUUUUGUGAAUGUCUUUAGCUCUUACAAGUUGCCGUUAUACGAAUAUCAAUAGGUAUGAGUGCGGUUGAACAAAACUCUGCAUGAGGUCAAAGAAAGAUGCUCUAUUCAAUGAGUUUUUUUUUUUAUAUUAAAGUUUUUGUCUCACCUGCAUAGCAGAGUGAGA